AUUUCCCAAACGCCUCCAUGAUGACGCGCCAGGAGAAAACAUGGCGACGAAGGGACUCCGUCAGCGUAACAGACGGGGAAGCAAACAGGACGCGAGCACCGCGAACAGUCCGGCUGUCAACGAAAACCGGGCGGUAAAGGACGAGAAAGGCGUCGAGGAUAGUAAAUCCACCGAGUCGAGAAAUGAGUCCUCCAGUAAGGCCGGUCAGGUUUGGGCUCCUGAGGGCUCCACUGCUUUCAAGUGCCUGGUGUCGGCCCGCUUCUGCGCCGCUUUGCUCAGCAACAUCUCCGACUGUGACGAGACCUUCAACUACUGGGAGCCGACUCAUUACCUGCUGUAUGGAAAAGGGAUGCAGACAUGGGAAUAUUCCCCCGUCUACGCCAUUCGCUCCUACGCGUACCUGUGGCUGCAUGCCCUUCCGGCGUACUUUCAUGCCAAGAUACUUCAGACCAACAAGGUCCUCGUAUUUUACUUCCUCCGCUGCGUGCUGGCGUUCGCCUGUUGUGUGUGUGAACUCUACUUCUACAAGGCGGUCUGUAAGAAGUUUGGCCUACACGUCGCCCGGCUCAUGCUGGCCUUCCUGGUUCUAAGCGCAGGGAUGUUCUGCUCCUCUGCAGCAUUUCUGCCCAGUACUUUCUGCAUGUACAGCACGGUGGUCGCGAUGACCGGCUGGUUCCAAGGGCGCCCGAGUCUGGCCAUACUGGGCAUAGCGGCUGGCGCCAUUGUAGGCUGGCCCUUUAGCGCUCUGCUCGGCUUUCCCAUUGCGUUUGACCUCCUCUUGGUGAAGAAGAAAUGGAAAAGUUUCAUCACAUGGACACUAGUGGCCCUUGUGCUCUUUCUGGUCCCGGUUGUCGUGGUGGACAGUUAUUACUAUGGCAAGCUGGUGGUCGCACCUCUUAAUAUAAUACUGUACAACGUCUUCACUCCUCAUGGGCCAGAUCUUUAUGGUACUGAGCCUUGGCACUACUAUUUUGUGAACGGGUUCCUCAACUUCAACAUUGUGUUUGUGCUGGCGCUGUUUUCGCUUCCUCUUACUGCUCUCAUGGAGGGUCUGCUACAGCGGUUCAACGUGCAGAACCUUGGUCGUCCCUACUGGCUCACCCUGUCUCCCAUGUACCUCUGGAUGCUGAUUUUCUUCACACGUCCCCACAAGGAGGAGCGCUUUCUGUUUCCCAUCUACCCCCUCAUCUGCCUGUGCGGUGCCGUGGCUCUUUCGUCUCUCCAGAAAUGCUACCACUUCAUGUUUCAGCGAUAUCGUUUGGAGCACUACACCAUCUCCUCCAACUGGCUGGCUCUGGCCUCCGUUCUUCUGUUCGGUGUGCUCUCUCUCUCCCGUUCGGUGGCUCUCUUCCGAGGUUAUCACGCUCCCCUGGAUCUGUAUCCCGAGUUCCACCGCAUCGCCAAAGACCUGUCCAUCCACACGGUACCCGACGGCCGGCCAGUGAGCGUGUGCGUGGGUAAGGAGUGGCACCGCUUCCCCAGCAGCUUCCUCCUGCCCAACAACUGGCAGCUCCAGUUCAUCCAGUCGGAGUUCCGGGGGCAGCUGCCGAAGCCUUUCGCAUCAGGCCCGGAUGCUACACGUCUCAUCCCGACAGAUAUGAACGACCAGAAUCUGGAGGAGCCAUCUCGAUACGUGGAUGUGAAGCACUGCCACUAUCUGGUGGACCUGGCCACAGACACCGAAACCCCGCGAGAACCACGCUACGCCGCUAACAAAGACGAGUGGAGCAUCGUCACAGAAAAACCCUUCCUAGAUGCUUCAAAGUCAUCCAGGUUCUACAGGGCGUUCUUCGUUCCUUUCCUAUCUGAGCAGUACACCAGUUACAGCAGAUACGUCAUCCUGAAACCACGGCGAGCGAAACACAGCAGGAGACGAACGCAGCCCUAGUUGUUUUUUCCCUCCUCAUUGGAUUCCGUAUUUGCUUCUCCCUUUAGCAGUUUUUCUGCACCUCCUGAAAAAGAACCUCCCUCUGUUUCGUGUGUGUGUGUGCACGAUAUCAGCAUGGAAUCGUUAGCCAUUUUGCACACGGAUCAUCUCAUAUCAUUCCAUAUGACGUCUUUUUUCAUCACAGGUCCCUCCAUUUCCUUCACUGCUGCGAAUACGGUAUCACGCUGUAUCUUUCUGAGCAGAGGAUCCUUUACUCAGCAGCCCUUUUAAGGAUCUUUGGUGAUUUCCCACGUGCACGUCCACAUAGUCUCGACUUGGUCUCAGACAAUGGACUGAACUCGUCCCCAGGUCUCGGGUAACAUCCGUAGUCAGUGCAGAGUAUACGUACGUGGGCUUGUGUGUCCUGUCCCUUCUCCAGCAGAGGAAGAAACGAUGCCCGGUCCUCUGAUUGCCCUGAUCAUUUUCAGUGAUGUCAUGUCUCAUCCUGGAAAGGAGUCAUCUCGGUGUUCAGUGUGUGAUGGUGUCAAAUAAAGAACAUCUUGUUGAAUGA